UACGAAAGGAGCUCGGCUGGCGAGUGGUGAGUGAGGGCCCUGCUCUGGCGGAGGUGGCGGCUGCAGCGACGCCGUAAAGGCCGCGGGUAGCGCAGACUCUGGGACUCUGAGACUAAUGCAGGGCCUAGCGGGGCAGCGCCUCCCUCGCUGCCUGCCAUCUUGUCAGUGAGGAGGCGAAUUCCUCUAUCUAGGAAGCUCAGACUACUAUUGUUCCAGAAUUGGAAAUGCCCAGCUUGCCUGCUCCUUCAAUGCUUCGGGGGCCGCUGCUAAGUAAAAAGUCUUCAUAGAGAUCUCCUUGUCAGCUCCCCAGCAUGGCACUGCAGUGUCUCCUGCUCCUGACUGGCCUUCUGACAGGAGGCGUGUGCAAGUCCACAGAAAGCCAGGCCCAGCAACCUGAGUGUUGCAUGGAUGUGGUAGACUUCAAUGCUACCUGCCUCGGUACAGGUCUCUGUGGCCCAGGUUGCUACAGGCACUGGAAUGCAGAUGGGAGCGCUAGCUGUGUCCGGUGCUGGAAUGGGACCCUCCCGACAUACAAUGGCUCUGAGUGUAGAAUUCUCACUGGCCGGGGCGUGCAGCUUCCCAUGAACAGGAGCACGGGGACACCUGGACAGCCACAUUUUGGGGGUCCUCAUGUGGCAGCUUCUCUCUUCCUGGGGACACUCUUCAUCAGCACAGGCCUCAUCCUCUCUGUGGCUGGAUUCUUCUACCUCAAGCGCUCCAGCAAACUUCCUGAGGUUUUCUACAGGAGAGACAGAGCCCCUGUCCUGCAGCCUGGUGAGACAGCUGCCAUGGUCCCCCUGCCACAGUCUUCAGUGAGGAAGCCAAGAUACAUCCGGCGUGAGCAGCACCCAGACAAGAAUAGGGACCCUUCUGCCUUCUCUACAGUGGAGGCCCACAUCAGCAACGUCUGAUCUAGAGGUCAACUGAGACUUCACAGUACAGCAGUGGAGACCCAAGGCCCCCUCCAGUGAGCUCACUACACAAAGGGCCUGGGCCUUAAGAUAUGCCAGAAUGGACUCCCAAUGGCAGACAUGCACGAAUGCUAGGGGGAUGCUAACGUCCAUGCCAUGAGAUCGUCACUGUGUGGUUUAACAGGAGCAACCAUCUGUGAGACUGAGGACUCAAGAGCAAGUCAUGUGGGGUCUGUGCCCCUUAAGAGUAACAGCAUCUAUAGCAGCUAUAACACAGACCUGAUCCAAACGGUCAAAACUUCUGGAGCCCACCCACUGGAGCCCAUAGUAGACAGGACUCCAUUCCCACCGAGCUAAGAAGAUGAAACCAAGGUUCCAACAGUGGAGAAAACAGCCUGGAUACUGGUUCCAGAGAUAGGUUGCUCUAGUGUCAGCCUGCUAAUUUAGCUGCUGACCUCUCAAGGCCCAUGUUUCUCAGAGUUGCAGAAUUGAGUAUCCUUGGUUUUCUGAUUCCAGAAGCCAGCAAGCAGAGCCUUGUCUUCCAGGGACAGACUCCACCCAGUACCUUCAGGCUGGGCACUCAGAGCAAAAUGUUUACCCGUGGGGCCUCCAUCUCUGAACACUUAGGUCACUUGUCCCCUUGGGCUUGUGAGCUCAUGCUGGUUAGCAGUCCUGUCUUUGCUCUCCUAAGACUCCAGAAGCCUGUGAGCUGCUAGUGUGGCUGGUGGUGUUGGCCAUGUGUCCCUAUAGAAGGAGGUGGCCUGAUGACCAGUGCCAUCCUCCGUCUAGCAUCUUCUUUGACGUCAAGCACACAUCUGAUGUUAUGCACAGUGUUAGGAGUUUGCUUUCCCAGAGUUGAGCCAGUGACUCAGGUAGCAGCAGCAAUUCCAAGCUGGACCAAUUCAAUUAGACUAGAUCUUCUCUCCUCAAGCUUUGUUGUCCCAAGGUCUCGUAUUCAGUGUGGUGUGUGGGAGCGAACUACCCCAUUGCCAUGUCCAGGGGACAAGUAGGGAGGGGAAGAAGAAGCCCUCAGCCGGACUCAGAGCCUACUGUUGUCUGGUGGAACUGGCAGUGCAGCACAACCCAUCCCCUCAUCUUUCCCUGGCCAUGUAGCCCCUCCCAUUUCAGGACACCAUCUUGCAUGAAGAGGUGACCCCGCUCCUUAGGACUUGAGGUAGAAAGUGCCAGUCAAGCACGGCAUGGUUUUCAGAUAAGACUACAUGCAUCACUAGGCUUUGAGGGGGCCACUGGCAGUUUAUGGAUCUAAUUGACCCUUGGGGAAAGCAGAACCCUCGACCUGGCCACCUGAGUUCAUUUUAGUGGUCCCCCUCAAAGCCCAUGUGUAGACGUACAGAUGUGUGUCUGCUGACUAGAGGCAGAACCGGAUAAAGAGAGCCAAAUGAGAGCUUAGGGAUUCUAGAAGUCCUGCCAGGUAGUUUGAUAAGAAUGCCUACCCAGUGCCCCCAGGCUUACAUACUUGAAUUGCUGAGUCAUCAGGGAUUACGGGAGAGGCUUAGGAGGUGUGGCUUUAUUGGAGGAAGUGUGUCUCUGGGGAUGGGCAUUGGGUCUCAAAAGCUCAAGCCAGGCCCAGUGGCUUUCAUUUCCUGCUGCCUGUGGAUUUGGAUGUAGAGCUCUCAGCUCCUCGUCCAGCACCAUGUCCGCCUAUGCUACCAUGCUUCCUGCCGUUCCGAUAAUGGACUAAACCUCUGAAACAGUAGACAAGCCCCAAUUAAAUACUUUGUUUUAUAA